AUGUCUUUUCAAUGGACAAACGACAAUGUCUUUAAACUGAUAGAAAUGUACGAAAAGAGAGAACUACUAUGGAACACCAUGUUAGAGGAAUACAAAGACCGUAAUAAAAAACAUGUUGCCUGGACUGAAAUAGCUAAUGCUUUCGAAGUGGAAAAAUACGUUGUCGCAAAAAAGAUGAAAUCUCUUAUCGGACAAUUUCAACGGGAAUUAAAGAAGGAUGAAACCUCUAGCUGGUUCGCUUUUAAGAAAAUGAUGUUUAUAAGAAAUCGACCAUAUAAACCAGCAAGUACUCGUGAUAGCGAUGUAAAGAACAGCCACAACGAUGAACUCUCCGAGCCUUACCACGUAGAAAAUUUCCACAUAGCCGCCCCCAUCCAAAUGCAUUACGAAUCUACAGACACAACAGCAAACUUAUCAACCAACUCAAGGAAAAGAACCAAUUCGUAUGACGAUAAAUCUGAUGACCCUAUGGGAUAUGGAUUUGCUAAGCAAUAUCGGCCAAGUUCAAAAUCUGGUCACGACGAAUUUGAAAUUUACGGGCAAUAUGUUGCUUCGGAACUAAGAGAGACUAAAGAUCUGCACUCUGUCCUAAUAGCGAAACGUUAUAUAAACGAUAUAUUAUUCAAUGCACGUAUAGGAAAAUACCGUAAAGAUUCUGCUAGUAAUAAUAGCAAGAGUAAAGUUAUUAAAAUUGAACAGGAACAUGAUUCAGAUGUGUAUGAUGAUGAAUAAAAUUACAUU